CUGCAGAAUAGUACAUAAUUGGAAGUCUCCACUCUAUAGCAAAUAUCAUAGGUAUCACAAUGAAGAUUUUGUUAUGUUUGGCUGUCCUUCUACACACAGCUACCUCUGAAAUACAUGACAUUGUUGUUUCAGGGGUUUUUGAGUCCAACAUCAUGACAUAUAAUUACUCCCAGUCCAGAGAGUACUGUCUGUCGCAGAAUGCAACUUUAGCAUCCUUAGAGCAGGUGACCAAAGCUCAGAACACCAGCUUCCAGACCUGCAGGUAUGGAUGGGUGGAACAGCAGCAGAUUAUUCUUGCCCGUAUCACAUCGAGCACAAGUUGUGCCAGCGGUCAAACCAGCAUUAUUAAACAAGCGCCCUGUGGAUACUACAUCGCACCCAGUGCUUACUGCUACAAAUUUAACGUGGUGACAGGAGUGUUUCAAGUAGGUUCUCAGACUGGUAAAUACAAUUUAACUUUUGUGGAAGCCAACUCUACUUGUGCGCGCCUCAAUGCGACCAUGGCAACGGAGAACCAACUUCAAAUCGCGCAUGGCGCCGGGUUCCAGACCUGCAGAGCUGGAUGGGUAGCAGAACAGAAGGUGUUCAUUUCUCGGAUAACAUCGACUGUUGGAUGUGCCAGUGGACAAGUGGGAGUAAUAGAGUACCCGGGAACAAAUCAGAAUUCGGACGUGUUUUGCUUCAGAGGCGACUUGAAUCAUACCAAUGUAUAUGUGGUCUAUCCUCCAUUUGGCAACAGUACCAUGACUUACACUGAAGCUAUGCAACAAUGCCAAUCCCUUGGGGAUAGCUUGGCAUCAAAGGAGCAACUGAGAAGUGCAUCCACACCCAUCUCUGAUGCCAUACCCGGGUGGAGCAAAGACAAUGACGUGGUUCUGUUCUCCAGUGGCAAUGUGACAGUCACUCCGUGUGUCAAUGAACCCAGCCAGCUUGCUGCAGCCUACUGCUUCAACCCUAAUAUCACAGAUUUUAUUCCAGUAAGCGCCAAGGAUGACAGAUUGUGGCUCAAGAUUACCAUGGUUUGCAUUAUCGCCUCUAUAUUUACCAUCCUGCUCAUGGCCGCUGCCUUCAUGAGAGGGAAUAAGUGCAUCUGCUGCGCCAGACCUAAAAAUCCAGCGCAAGAUUCUACCGUAGAGAAAGUCAAAGGACUGCACCAUCCCAAAUGGAACAAAACUAGCAUGUACGUCCCCAAAGAUGACAUAUUCCAUCAGAUUCAUUCAUAUCAGAACUGUGACACGGCAACCAAGCCAUCUGUACUGAGUAAGGCCUUAAACACUGGCUACCGCUGUCAUACCUUCACUAACUAUGGCUUUGAAUCCACCCCCGAGGACAGUGAGCAGAGCUUUGACAAAACUCACCCGGACCACAGCCCUGCUGGCAUGAAUCCUCAGGACAUGAGCCCUGGUAACUCCCACGAGUACAGCAACGCUGCCUUUGACAGUACUUAUUAAUACAUCCAAACUGACUCGACUCAGUGAUGACGGACACAAAUCGGCAGAAUUGAAUGGACUUCCUCCACUGUAAUUAUUUUUUUUUAAAUGUAUUUGUUGUUUAGUUUGAAAAACACUAGUGAGUCACAUUUUGAGUGUUUCUUAUAGCAGCUGAGUAAUAGAUAACAAAAAAUUUGAUUACUACAGACUUUGUGCAAUGUAAAAACAAAACACAAGAGCUAAGUGGGGGGGGGGGGGGGGGGGGGGAUACGAAACAAUAUUUUGGAUCUGCCCAUGGAGUUUUAUUACUAGGGUGUAUAAAACCAAAUUAACUUGGCAGCUCAUUAAGCCUUUUGUUUUUAGUUAUUAAUAAUAAUAAGUAGGUGUUGUUUAAAUACACUCAAAGAACGUAAAUGAACAGAAGCUGGUGUAAUUUGCAGGCUGCUAUUUGUUAAUGUAUUUGUUUUUUUGUAUUCUGUAAAUCUUGAGCAAUAUGGAA